AUGUCGUCUGCUGUUUUUUUAAAGAAGGUGGAAUCCUUCCUGAAGCGAAUCCGGAAAUGGGACACUGAGUUCUUCUGCGUGGGGAAGGCGGCCAGCGAGGUCUUCAACGUGCCUAAGCCCGAGGAAGUGCUCCCACGCAUCACCGCCAACCUGGACUACUUCUGCGUGAACUAUGCGGUUUGCCUUGCCAUCUUCGCUCUAACGGCAAUUGUUGUGCAACCGCAGCUUUUGGUUUUGGUGUGCGUAUUCUCCGGCUUAUGGUAUGGGCUCCUUACUCGGCCGAAUCAUUGGAGACUUCAGGUGGCUCAAGCCUUGGUCACAAAGCGACAUUUGAUCUACGGCCUGGGAGGGCUCACUGCCUUGGUGGUGCUGAUCUUCUAUCGCAUCAUGAUCUCGGCCAUCAUCGGGGCGUCCUUGUCUUUCGUUUUGCUCCAUGCAGGGCUGCACACAGUCCCAGCCAAUGCCAAAGGCAAAGUGGAGGAGGAUCCCCAAGAGCAGGAGCAUCGCAAGGAACUCUUAGACCGCCUGGAUGCCUGGCUUCGGAACUUCGACAUGAACGGACCACGCCGGCUUUACCCUCCACCGCAGAAGGCCGGAACGACUGACUCCUUCAAGAACACUUGGGAGUCUCCGGAUUUGAGCCACCUGCUGUCUUCAUCCACUCCCGGAGGGGCAGUAGAAUCUGAGGGCACCAGCGUGCCACAGGCAACUGCUGAGCCCCAAGAGGAGCUCAGUCAGUACCAGCUGGCUCAGCAAGCACACAGUCGUGUCGUGGCCGACUUUCAAGUGCAAAUGCAGUCAGUCAGUGAAAUGGUCGAAACAGUCGCCAGUACAAAUUUCCAGCGCUUCCGCAGAAAGACCUCAUCUAUUGUGGAGUCCUCAAGCUUUGGCGCCUUUUUCGCUUCGAUGGUCAUUAGCAACUCGAUUUUGAUCGGUGUCAGCCUGGAAGCGCAAGCGGUGCAAGGAGAUAACUUUGCAGGUCAGGACCUUCUGUUGGGAUUCAAUAUCUUCUAUGCGGCGGUGUUUUCGAUUGAAGCGGGGAUGCGCCUGCUUUCGCAGGGACCGCUGGCAUAUGUUUGGCAACAUUCCGAUUGGGCUUGGAACUGGUUAGACAUGUUUGUCGUCAUCUCUUCAUGGAUGGAGCUCAUCGUAGACAUGUUCAGCAACAGCCGCACGGUGGGUGGAACGAACACGAAUCUCCGUGUUUUUCGCCUAUUGCGCGUGGGCCGAUUGGUUCGCGUGGUGCGGGUUGUGCGAGUCGUCAAGUUCUUCCGUUCCUUGAGGACCUUGGUUCAAUCCCUGGUGGGUACUCUCAAGGCUUUGGUUUGGUCGAUGGUUUUGCUGGCCAUGAUCAUCUACAUCUUUGCCAUUCUGUUCACGGAUACCGUGUUGGGUUACCUGAAUGAGAAACCUGCGGCCUUUGAUGAGCGCUUGGACUUAUUCUUCGGAUCUUUGACUUCAUCAGUCGCCACUUUAUUUCGCGCGAUUUCAAACGGGAUGAACUGGGGCGAUGGGGCGGAUGCUUUGGCAUCCAUCGAUGGUGGCAUGUUCUGGGUGAUGAUUCUCUACUUUUACAUUGCCUUCUGCAGCUUUGCGGUCCUGAAUGUCAUGACCGGAGUUUUCUGCAACAGCGCCAUCAAAGCCGCUGAACGCGAUCAUGAAAUGCAAGUUUGGGCCUUGAUGCAGACACGCAGGGAGCUACGUGAGCAAGUUGAGUUCUUGUUCCACAAGAUUGAUAGGCAUGGUCGAGGAAAAAUCACCAUCCAGGACUUCGAAAAUAAUUUUGAUGACGAAGCAGUGGUGGCUUUCUUUGCAUCCAUCGAGAUCAGUGCAAUGGAUGCGUGGACUCUCUUCCUCACUCUUGACGUGGAUGGAGACCACACCGUAGGUGUUGAUGAAUUUGUGGAGAGAUGCUUACAAUUGCAUGGGCCGGCCCGUUCCACGGACCUUUUUGCCCUUCGUCAACAGACGGAGAAGAUCAUCACACAGACGCACCAACUCAUGGAUGGCCAGAAACAUAUCGACCGCCAAGUUGUGCAGCUGUCGCACGCUCUGGUUGCAAUGCAACAAGCUGCACAAGAACCGCGUUGGAUAUGA